GCAAAGUGGACGAACGAAGAAGAGCAUUCGUCAAGUUAUCGUCGACCUAUUUUCGAGGCCUCGUGGGAGACCGCUGCAGCCUGCUGCCAAGCCAUCAUCAUCGGGACAAAAGGAUUUGAGGGGCUUCAGAAUAGUGCGACAUGACUCGGAGGGCUUCCGAGGGUGGGCGAUCGAUCGAAGGAGCGUGCGCAGGCAGGCGGGCGGGCGAGCAGGAUGGAUCAGGAUGUGUUGCUAGGGGUAAUUGAAUGAGCGAUGAGUGGAGAUUUAAAUAUGCGGGAAGCUGUGUUGCGGCGGAGGAGAGAGUAGGUGGUGGCAGUGGUAUCUGAAGUUGGAUAGUGAGAAGCGAGGGAGACGGGCAGGCUGGCGUCUCCGAUGGCGGAGAGGUUCUGCCCGUUUGUCAGGUCGGAGAAAAGCUCGAGUGUCAUGUUCAGGGCGAAGCUGGACGACGAUGGGGAGGAAGAAGUGGAGGAAGAACCAACACAUUUGAACACGAGUACGUGCAGCUUGUAUCUGGUGGUUUCGACAGAUAAACUCACUGCGAAGUACACGGGGGAUGGCCGGCAUGGGAAUGAUGUUGGCGCCAUUCAAGCCAAUCGGCCUGCGCCGUGCCGUCGGUGGCUGUACUACUUUGAGAUGACAGUCAGGGACCGAGGACAGAAAGGCUGCACCGUCAUAGGGUUCACGGAUGAGCAUUUUAAGAACUCGCGGCAGCCAGGCUGGGAGGCGAAUAGUUAUGGCUAUCACGGCGACGAUGGGAAGCUGUACCGUGGGCCUGGGUUGGCGGAGACGUAUGCGCCAGGGUUUACUGUGGGGGAUACGGUGGGCGCUGGCAUCAAUUAUGCCUCGCAGGAGAUUUUCUUCACGAAAAAUGGCAAGGUGUUGUCAGGUGUGUAUAAGGAAGUGAAGACGCCUUUGUACCCGACCAUCGGAUUGCACAGCCCUAAUGAGAAAGUUGAGGUCAAUUUCGGACAGCGAAAGUUUAUGUUUGACGUAGAGUCGAUGAUUUUGGACGAACGAGGUCGGAGACAACGUGCGGUGGAGAGCCUGCCUCUUCCUCCUACUGCCAGCCAUAGUAUUGUACGUGCCUUUCUAAUUCACUAUGGCUAUCAUGACACUCUUAUUGCAUUUGAUGCCGCAUGCGGUGCUGCGAGUGGGGACGGCAGCGUGGGCUCCAUUGCGUCGGUAGAGUUCCUUCUGCAUCAGGAUACGAAUGGUACGGCGGAUGAUGGCAUGUAUGCAUUGGACAAGCGGAAGUUAUUGCGACGGCUGAUAAGGGAGGGCAAUGUGGAUAGUGUAAUCACAAACCUUCAGGAAUGGUAUCCACAGGUUAAGGAGGAGCAUUACUCUACUAUCUUAUUUCUUUUGCGAUGCCAAAAAUUCAUUGAGUUAAUAAGAAUAGGGCAAGUGAGCGAUGCUGUGAAUCUUGCACGAUCGCAGUUGGCAUCGUUCUUUGGAAAGUGCCAAGAUCAGGACCUAUUGCUGCAUGAUUGUUUAGCAUUAUUGGCGUACGAACGGCCUCAAGACUCCCCGAUGGCUUAUCUUCUGCAAUUCGCUCAACGGGAGAUGGUGGCAGAUGCAGUGAAUGCAUUUAUAUUGGACACCAAUCCCUCCAUGGAAAUCGCAGAUAAGUCUGGAAAACCUCCUCAAUCCGCGUUGGAAAAGCUACUACGACAGCUUACAGCAUGCCAUGUUGAAAAGCGGUUUCUGAACGGAUGUCAAGGUGAGGUGUUCCGAUUACAUCGCAUACUGCAGGGAGGCAAGGACGGCGGAUGGUAAUGUGGAGAAUUUUUCAAUUUUCUUUUGUCUGUUGUCUGUGCCGGACUUAUUUUCACGUGUCUCUGUUGAAUGCACUGUCUCAAACAGUGGGUGGCAGAGGAGAGGGUUGCACAGCCUGUAGAUAGCAUAGAGGGUGAGCUAGACAGAGUACAAUUAACCUUCCAAUUGAUGAAUUCUCAGGUUGGAUCCCUUGGAAGUCAGAACUGACUUGCUUUGGAACUCCAAAUCACUGUUCGCCGUAUAUCACUUGGGAAUGUGUAGUGAGUGCUCCGUUGUUUGAUUGAACAUUGUCUUAUUUGUUUGAAGUAUUCUUGUCAGACUUCUCAAAUUUUUAGUAGCGUUUUACCUCCGGCAUGAAAGAACGCAUGAGACCAUAUGCCUUGAUAUCGCACUGAGAUCGAAGGUGGUCAGAAUUUAGGUUUAGGAAUACCUAUGCACUUCAUGUGUGUGUCAAUCGUUAGAGUUGGUGCAGGGACUAGCGAUUUUAGCGUAAGAGUUAAAAUGGAAAGUUGUGUGAGGCAAAUGUAUUUCGCUGUAAGUUCGAAUGGCGAAACUUAUUGCAACGCUUUGCACGUCGCAAGAGGAUAUUGACUUACUCCUGUCGUUGUCUUGGAAAUUCCUUCAGCGUUCGUAUAAUAUUUUAGGACUAAACUUGAAGGUUGAGACUUCAGUAGCUACUGCUCGACAUUUAUGCUGCCCUCUCAUAUGAACAAUGAUCUUUUCUUUAAACAUGUUCACUAUGGAUUCCUUGCAACUUUACAGUAGAUAUGUUCAGCCGCAUGAUUAGAGCAGGUAUCAAGGUUAAACUUUCGGGUACAUGGGAGGUUAUCACCAAAACCAUUGUACAGUCUACAUAGAUGCAGCACAGGCAUGCAUUGGCAGUUUGGGAAACGUGUCUUGACUAUACUCAAGAUGUGAUACAUUCCAUUAAAAGGACUGUUAGUAGUGUAAGGGAAAUGAAAGUUCGUGUUCUGCCACAGAUUCUCACACAACAGCCAAUCUUAGUAGAGGACACCUUCGCUUUUGUACAAAGAUCGGGUUUGUGUACUCUGAACCCAGUGUAUUCAAAGUCUGUACUAAGAGUGGUAGAAAACCUAUGGGCAAAUCUGUAAUUUCAGCUCAUGCAGUCACUUAAAGAAAAAGUGGCUUGUAGCACUAAAUUGGCUUUGGUUCCUCUCAUUACAUUAUUAGUGUCUAAAGGAGUCUACAACAUGGCUCCAUUGACUUGUGUAUUAGCUUAAAACAUGCCAACAAAAGAGUGUAAUUUGUAGUUCUUUUUUA